AAUGCAACAGAUGAGAAUUGGCAGAGAACUGUUCUCGAAUGGUCUCAAUCUUUCGAGAAACAAAUUACUUACGAUUAUGCCAUCAUCCUUGAUGUCCAUUCUGUCAUAAACCUCGAGAAAAUCCGUCAGGCUCUGGAUUUUUCUAUUAUAAAUGGGCAACUUUUAACUGCUGAACAGAAAAGCAACCUCGUGUGGGGUCUUUUUGAUGUACAAGGUAGUGACGAGAUGUUGAUCGUGCUAAGUCAAAAAGCAAUAAGUAAAAUUUUAAGCCAAGAAGAAAAAACAAACGUCAACUUAAUAACUCAGGCAUACAAUUAUUCCAGUGAAAGCUCUCUCUAUUUUGUAAACGAUUAUAUCGGAAUCAUAGAAUGGUCAAAUGCAAUUGAGAAUAUUCCUAUUGAAACUACAAUUGCUAUCGGUAAUAUUUAUCAAGAAGAGGAAGUAGAAGAUUUAGUUGCACAUUUAAAUUUACCAAAUAUGAAAAUCUGUCAUCCACCGACUCGUAAGAAUGGACCAUCAAUUGCCAUUGUUACUAGUAGUUAUAUUUACGAGAAUUUGUGCAUGCUUCCAGUAGCUAUCAAUACUGCGGAGAAUAAAAGGAAUUAUGCAUUAAAGAAUGGAUAUGCUUUCGUCGGUAGAUCGUCCGAGUUUGCUCAACAACGUUAUAAGAAACGAAAAGCCGUUUGGG